GCAGAUGUCGGACCAGCAGGCGGCUGAGGAGCCGGGCGUCUGGAGCCCCGCAGACCGGCCAGGGUCGGCGGGCGGCGUCGGGAGAGACGGCCUGGGAGAGGAGGGAAGCCAGGCGGCGAGCUCAGAGAAUGAAGAUCUAGACAACACCGAGACCACUACUCCAUUGGCCUCUGUCUCUGACCCGGAGCCCCAUUCCACUCCUGACAGGCCACAGAUGGUGUCACCAGGGAGCAAGGAUGCCAAAGAAGACCUGCGGAAAGCUGCCAGUGCUCCAGAGGCCCAGGCCUUGGCGGACCAGGAUCUGCUGCCUGCAGACCAGGCCCAGGUCCUCCAUGAGAAUCCUGUUGUGCAGAUGGCCAAGUACCAGGUCCCACAGAGGUCAGGGGACACGGUUAUGAUCCAGUCUGAGCACACAGGCGCAAUUGAUGUUCUUUCUGCUGACUUGGAAUCUGCAGAUCUUCUUGGGGACCACAGAAGAGUGUCCCCACCUCUGAUGGCUCCCCCAUCCAUCUGGACCUUUGCCAAGGUGAAGGAAUUCAAAAGCAAGCUGGGCAAGGAGAAGAACAGCCGCCUGGUGGUGAAGCGGGGAGAGGUGGUGACCAUCCGGGUGCCCACACAUCCAGAGGGGAAGCGCGUCUGCUGGGAGUUUGCCACUGAUGACUACGACAUUGGCUUUGGAGUGUAUUUUGACUGGACGCCUGUCACCAGCACUGACAUCACUGUGCAGGUCAGCGACUCCAGUGAGGAUGAGGAUGAAGAAGAAGAGGACGAGGAGGAGAUUGAGGACCCUGUCCCAGUUGGAGACGUGGAGAGGGGUUCGAGGAGCUCCCUGAGGGGCCGCUACGGGGAGGUCAUGCCGGUGUAUCGGCGGGACAGCCACCGAGACGUGCAAGCAGGCAGCCACGACUACCCGGGGGAAGGCAUCUACCUGCUCAAGUUUGACAACUCCUACUCCCUGCUGCGCAACAAGACUCUCUACUUCCACGUGUACUACACCAGCUGAAGGGCUGUGGGGCAGGGGGCGGGCUGCCCUUUGCUGGCUGAAGCAGGCUGCCAGCGGUGGGUAAGGGGGGUGCCUCUUGUUUUGCAUAGACAAGAGCUGAAAAUUCCGUGGGGGGCUUGCCGAGCCUCCCGCCCCACCCAGCAUGCCCGACCGUUGCUUUUCCCCUUCCUGGCCGGCUUCUGCAGGUGGUGGCAAAGUGCCCCUGCUCUGUGGUCCCUGACUCUCUCUGCUUAGGACUCUGGCGAAAUCCCUCUGUGAAGGCACCUAGCAGGCAAAAACCUCCAAGGAAAGCAGGCUGUCCUCUUAUAAAGCUACCUUUGUGUAGGUACAAGAUUUUAUCACCCAGAUGCUGCUCCCCACUCGCCUACCCCGUUCCAGCCAGCUGCUGAUACCGAUGCGUUUGGUGGGGCCCGUUCUUCACUUCCCAAGGUGCCAGAAGAGGGAGGGAAAAGCACAUUGGCCAUGUAGGAGUCCAAUGUCCUGGACGGAGCAUGCUCUGUCCAGCCUCUCACCACUGCCAUACUCCUGCUAGCUGGGUGUUCUUGGGCUCCAGCACAGGCUGGGAGACCCCACUGCCUUGGAAGGGAAGUUGUUACUCCGGAUGGUUAGACCCGCUCUUUCCCCUGUCCUUGGGGUGUGCGUGUGUGUGUGUGAGCAUGCCAUAUCAACAAGAACUUUCCUGGCAUCUGUAGUGGUGUUCAGUGUGACCAGAGAUCGUCCAGGAGAAAAGAUGCCCCCAGCACUUCCUGUUCCAGGCGCUGCUCUCCCUCCCCAAGGGUACUGGUGAC